GACCUGUGAGAGAUUACAUAGAUAACGUGACUGUUGAAGACUGAUAGCAGGCGAGGGGUUCGGCUGCCCUCAGACCCGGGUGUCAGCGGUGGCUGUGGAGGAGGCGAACAUUGUCUUGCUGGCUUUUCGCGGUACUGGCGGCACAGACACAGCCGUACGGCAGGCACAGGUGGGACUCUUGGGUAGAGCGUCACGGUGCAGGGGGAUGGACAGCACAGGGGCUCGGGGAGUCCUSCCCGGUGUAAYUCUCCUCAAGGUGCCGGCAGAGGGCCCGGACGCUCAGGGCGGAGCAGSACCAGCAUUCCCACCGCGCGCCACCCCCAGGAUUUGAAAUCCCGUCCCGUGAUGCACCGGGCUCGCCGCUGAUUGGCCGGGCCGGGCUGCGCGCGGUUCAAAGCGGCGGUGGCGGCGGCGGCGCGCGCGGYCGCUCCGAGCUCCGGCACCGUGGCRGUGUCUCGGCCCCCGCUCCGUUCCUGCCCCGCCAUGGCUUCCUUCGGCUCCCAAGGCGGCGGCACCAAGAAGGACGAGAAGGGCAAGAACAUCCAGGUGGUGGUGCGGUGCAGGCCAUUUAAUGCCUCCGAACUUAAAGUGAGCUCCUAUGCUGUYGUAGACUGUGAUCAAGCAAGAAAGGAAGUCAGUGUCCGCACUGGAGGAGUGACAGAUAAGACAUCAAGAAAGACUUACACAUUUGAUAUGGUUUUUGGAGCUCAGGCAAAGCAGAUUGAUGUGUACCGGAGUGUUGUGUGUCCCAUUUUGGAUGAAGUUAUUAUGGGCUACAACUGUACAGUGUUUGCUUAUGGCCAAACGGGUACUGGUAAGACCUUCACAAUGGAAGGAGAGCGGUCACCCAAUGAAGAAUAUACUUGGGAAGAGGACCCUCUAGCAGGUAUCAUACCUCGUACAUUGCAUCAAAUAUUUGAAAAACUCACAGAGAAUGGUACUGAAUUUUCAGUGAAAGUCUCUCUUCUGGAAAUCUAUAAUGAGGAGCUUUUUGAUCUUCUGAAUCCUACUCCUGAUGUUGGAGAAAGACUGCAGAUGUUUGAUGAUCCUCGCAACAAGAGGGGUGUAAUUAUUAAAGGCUUGGAAGAAGUAACUGUGCACAACAAAAAUGAAGUUUACCAAAUCCUGGAAAGGGGUGCAGCCAAAAGAACAACUGCAGCUACUUACAUGAACGCAUAUUCCAGCCGUUCCCACUCUGUGUUUUCAAUUACCAUCCAUAUGAAAGAAACAACGAUAGAUGGAGAAGAACUUGUUAAAAUUGGGAAGCUUAACUUGGUUGAUCUUGCAGGAAGUGAAAACAUUGGUCGAUCUGGGGCAGUUGACAAAAGAGCUCGUGAAGCUGGAAAUAUCAACCAGUCUCUACUGACACUAGGAAGAGUUAUUACUGCUCUAGUGGAAAGAGCCCCUCAUAUUCCAUACAGGGAAUCUAAACUCACAAGAAUCCUUCAAGACUCGCUUGGAGGACGGACGAAAACAUCAAUAAUUGCCACAAUUUCACCUGCAUCUGUAAAUCUUGAGGAAACAUUAAGUACACUGGAAUAUGCCCAUAGAGCAAAGAACAUAAUGAACAAGCCUGAAGUUAAUCAGAAGCUAACGAAAAAAGCUCUUAUUAAGGAAUACACUGAAGAGAUUGAGCGUCUGAAGCGAGACCUUGCUGCUGCACGAGAAAAAAAUGGAGUCUAUAUUUCCCUUGAAAACUAUGAAGCCCUUAAUGGAAAGCUGACAAUUCAGGAAGAACAAAUUACUGAGUAUAUUGACAAAAUCAGUGUCAUGGAGGAAGAAGUGAAACGAGUCACUGAACUAUUCAAAGUCAGUAAAAAUGAACUUGAACAGUGUAAAACAGACCUGCAAAUCAAGGAGAAAGAGCUAGAAGAAACACAAAAAGAUCUGCAAGAAACCAAGGUUCAGCUGGCUGAAGAAGAAUAUGUGGUUUCAGUGUUGGAAAACACUGAACAAAAACUUCAUGGCACAGCUAGCAAGUUGCUUAGUACAGUUGAAGAAACUACAAGAGAUGUAUCUGGGCUCCAUGCGAAACUGGACCGUAAGAAGGCUGUUGAUCAGCACAAUGCUGUUGUCCAGAAUACAUUUGCAGGACAAAUGAAUGCUUUGUUCAGCAAAAUACAAGAUUCAAUUACUGAAAACAGUUUGAAGCAGCAACAGAUGUUGACAUCUUACACAAAUUUUAUAGGUGACCUCUUGUCUACCAGUUCUUCUACAGCAGAUAUUCUUGCAUCAGUUGUAUCAACAUCUUUUGCCUCUCUUAAAGAACUGGUGUCUACUGAAGUUUCUCACRUAUCUGAAAAAAUAACACGGCAUGAGAAUCUGUCACUUGAUUGUAAAGCUGAGCUGCUGAGAUUAAUUGAGGAACAUGAAACUGGAUUAGGAAGAGCAGUAMAUAGCUUGACACCAGUGGUGGAAUUUGUCUUGGGAUUAAACUGUCAGUUUCAGAGUAAUAUGAAGAAAUAUUCUGCUGUGGCUGACCAGAUGGAGUGCCAUAAAAAGGAAAUGGAUACCUUCUUUGGAGAUCUUUUUCUCACUCUGAAAAAAAUACAGGAAGAAACGGCYAGUGGUUUUGCUCAGCUCCAACAUAAUUGUGACAGUUUAAAGGAAGAAGUGGAAGUGAUGAGGUCGGCACAUAGAAAGAGCGCAGACAAACUGAUGUCUUCACUGCAAAGCCARCUCGACCUGUUUGCUCAGGAGACUCAGAAGAACUUAAGUGAUGUACUCACAAAAAAUGGAAGCCUGAAGACCACCAUCACUGCUAUGCAAGAAAAUGUUCACCUGAAAACUACAGACCUGGUCAGCAGUACAAAUUCCAAUCACAGCAAAUUUACUGCAUCGCUGGAUAAUUUCUCUCAAGAGCUCAGGAGCAUAAAUGUUGAAAACGAGACAAUGCUGGAAGAAUCCAAUGACCGCUGUCAACAUCUUCUCAGCAAUCUCAAAAAUGUGUCUCAGGAUACCAAUACAUGGGGUGAAUUUACAACUGCUCAGAUGGUCAACUUUACUAAUCAGCAGCUAUUGUCAUUCAAGGAUGAGAAACAGCAAUUUCAGUGUUUACAAAAGAAAAAUGAAGAAAACUGUGAUAAAGCAAUAGCUGAAAUUGCUGACCAUAUUGGCAGACAAAAGGCUGCUGAGGGGAAGGUACUAAAUGGCCUUCUUGAUCAGAUGAAGGUGGAUCAGGAGAUACUUGUGGAGCAGAAGCUGGCACUUAAGGAGGAAGUACAGCAUGGACUAAYUCAGGUUAAUGGUUUCCUGCAAGAGGAUCUUAAAGUGGAUGUUCCAACAGGGACAACUCCACAGAGAAGAAACUAUGUCUAUCCAGUCACACUCAUAAGAACAGAGCCCCGGGAACAACUUCUGGAGCAAUUAAGGCAAAAGCGACACAAUCUUGAUGCUAUGCUAAGCAGCAUGAUAAAGGAGGUGGAGGAUGAUGCAGAUAAGGACCUGUUGGAAGGAGAAGGGGAGUUGCAAGAAUCCAGUGAAAGUCUUGCUUGUGACAAAUACUUAAUGGAUACAAACAUAUAUUGCCACACAAAUGGUGGCAUUCCUUUUUUCCAGCACAAAAGAAGUCUCAAAAAAGGUAAAGAGAACAAAUCUGCAGCUACAGUGGAGAACAAAAUGGAGGAAAUGACGGAAGAGAUUCUUCAGAAAUCUAAGCAUCCUUUAAGAUUGCUGAAUUAAGAUAUAUCCUCUGCAGAUCCCUGUUUUUAAAUAUUUUUAUCUUACUGAGCCAUAAUGUGUUUUGGUUUUUCUCAGUCUCUCUGUAUCGUGAUAUAUUGAUGCAAAGUUGAAUCAAACAAUUUCCUUGCUCAGUCUCAUGCCUUGGUCCCAUUUUUAUAAGUUGCAGCUUGUGAAGUUUUAAGAAAAAAAAAAACCCUGCAGAUUAUGGUGCUGUUAUGUUAAAUAUAUAUGUAUGUUGUUAAGUAAAUAAUUUUCUGUUUUCUCAGUAGAUCUAAAAUACCAGAAAGGGAUGUGGAAAUAUGCUUUGUCAGCAUUAUCAGUUACCAUUUUAUGAAUUAAAUGUAAAUAAGUGUUCUGGUUUUAUACCUGCUUUUUAUACCAGUUCAUCUUUUUUGACUGUGAUGCUUCAAAUAAAUUGAUCCAUGGAAAACAAAUGUACAAGCACCUCCCUCAGAGUAAAACAAACUUACCUAACUUUMUUAUGGUGCCCAGUUUAAUUUAGCUAAAACCUUAUCAGCUAUGUCAUAAGUCUUGUGCUGUCAUAAGAGGUUGGUUCUCUCCCUGAUUUCAAGAAAAACAAUAGCUUUAUUUCAGUGCCUCUUCAUUCUGUGAAAUCUAGUCUUACUGCUGGGUCUUGGGCUUUUUGUUUGAACCACGCAGUCCUUAUCUUCCUCUUAACUUGGAGAUGUGAGGUGUUGGUUGGGACACAAUGCCAAUCAGGUAGUGUAUCAAACUGGCAGCAUUCCUUUAAGAUCUAGGUACUUAAUAUUAAAACAUGCAAAYUUGGUUACAAAUACAGCUUCUCUGAUGUAUAAUAACAGUGAWUUUCCAGUAACCUAUAGAAGCGUUUGACCAGGUGCUCUUUUCAUGCUCCUUACCUGGAAAUCUGAUGAAAACUUCAAGCUGCAACAUGCUGAGGAAGUAGACAAAUAGGAUUAUGAUGGGAGUAAGGAGAAACACUGGAAGACAAUCUUAAUUACAUUGGAGCACUAGUCUUAGAUAAUUACAUCACUUAGAGAUUGUUCACUUUUCUAUAAUGAGCUUACAGGCUCACAUUGAUGUUUCUUCAAAUGGGUCAUCAAUGUAUUUAUUUUUCUUUGACCAAAUAUGUCAACUAGUUAAACCCUGGGCACCAUUCAAACA